GCAGGGUCACGUGAUGUCGUAUUAGCUCGGUGACUCUGCUAUGUUUGUCGUAUCUGCUAAAGUUUUAGAAAUGGCACAUUCCUUGCAUUUAUCGGGCUAUUGUCGUCAAGGGAGGUCCUGCGACUGCUCAAAAACCCGUUUCGAGCGAAGCUGGGAGAGGAGUUUGACUGAGAAAACGGCCUCUAUGGGCCUGCACGUCACGUGACCAUCAUGCGGCUGAGCAUUUGAUAAAAAAGAUGGCGUGAGCGCGGCGGAGAGGACAACAAACUCCGACCUACAGAGUGCAGGCGACAGAGAGCUACAGUAGCCGCUAAACUGUCUUAUGGAUCCUGGACAGGAUUUACUUCUUGCUGCCCUAAGUGAGAGUGGAAUUUGCCCAAAUGAUAUUGGCCUAUUUGACAUUGACUCUCAGGAUGUGGGGCAGCCCUCUACAACCCAGCCAUCUAUCUCCAUCAGUGCCCUGGAUGUUGGUGUGGGCACUGAGGCAAUGGAAGUUGUUAGAAGUGAGCCUCCAGCUACAGUCCCUAUAGUCACUAUCAGGCACAAACCUCAGCCAUCAACCACCACAUUUGUCUUAAAUCAGCUGAAUCAGCUGCCAUCACUAGGAGCUGUUGUGACCAAACAGUCAGCUAUAAACCCUAUCAAACAUACCAUAACUGUCACCAAGGUGGUCCAUGUUGCUAACUCAACACUGCGAGGGUCAUCAACACCCUCUUCCACAAUUAUUCCUCCUUCAGCAUCCACAGUAGUGCCUUCUAACAGAGAUGAGGUUCAGCUGAAAGACCUUCUUAGGACCGGCCACGUGAAGAGCGCUGGUCUAAAGGGCAACAGUCUGAUGGAGCUAAUGAAGCUGAAGCCUCCACCUGACAUUGCUCCACCAGUGGCAACAGCAGCAGCCACAGGUCCAGGUGAAAUGAACAAUGGAAUCAAGAAGGAAGUGUUUGGUAAAGAUGCUGCCAGGGUCUGGAUUAGUGACGACACUAAAAUGCAAAACUUCUCACAUUCUCUGAAACCACCGGGGAUGAAGGAAGAGGAUGAGCCUGAGGAGGAAGAUGAUGAAGAGCUGGGUCAUGCAGAGACUUAUGCAGAGUACAUGCCAUUGAAAUUGAAGAUUGGCUUGCGGCACCCUGAUUCUGUGGUGGAGACCAGUUCCCUGUCCAGUGUUAGCCCUCCAGAUGUGUGGUACAGACUGUCCAUCCCAGAGGAAGUCAUUGAUCUGGGCUACCUCUCUGCUCUGCAGCUGGAAGCCAUCACAUAUGCAGCUCAGCAACAUGAGACAUUCCUCCACAACGGCGAUCGAGCUGCUUAUUUGAUUGGUGAUGGAGCUGGUGUGGGGAAAGGCCGAACCAUUGCAGGAAUUAUUUAUGAGAAUUAUCUUUUAGGCAGGAAGAGAUCACUUUGGUUUAGUGUCUCAAACGACUUGAAGUAUGAUGCUGAACGAGAUUUAAGGGAUAUCGGAGCCAAGAACAUUCCGGUUCACUCACUGAACAAGUUCAAAUAUGGAAAAAUUUCCUCAAAACACAAUGGGAGUGUGAAGAAAGGUGUGAUCUUCGCCACCUACUCCUCUUUGAUAGGAGAGAGCCAGUCAGGAGGGAAGUACAAGACCCGAUUUGAACAGCUCCUCCACUGGUGUGGGGAGGACUUUGAUGGAGUUAUCGUCUAUGACGAGUGUCACAAAGCCAAGAACGUGUGCCCCAUUGGCUCAUCCAAACCUACUAAAACUGGGCUUGCAGUGUUGGAACUGCAGAACAAACUCCCCAAGGCUCGGGUUGUGUACGCAAGUGCUACAGGUGCCUCUGAACCCAGAAACAUGGCAUAUAUGAACAGGCUGGGAAUUUGGGGGCAUAAAACGCCCUUCAGAGAAUUCAGUAACUUCAUUCAGGCUGUAGAGCGCAGGGGUGUUGGUGCCAUGGAGAUAGUAGCUAUGGACAUGAAACUGAGGGGGAUGUACAUUGCAAGACAGCUGAGUUUUACAGGUGUUACUUUUAAGAUUGAGGAGGUUCCCCUGACUCAGCAAUACAUCAAUAUGUACAACAAAUCUGUGAGACUGUGGGUGAGUGCACGUGAGAAGUUCCAGCAGGCAGCAAACCUGAUGGAAGCAGAGCAGCGCAUGAAGAAAUCCAUGUGGGGUCAGUUCUGGUCUGCUCACCAGAGGUUCUUCAAAUAUCUCUGCAUUGCAUCCAAAGUCCGCCGAGUGGUGCAGCUGGCCAGAGAGGAGGUCCAGAAUGGGAAGUGUGUGGUGAUUGGUCUUCAGUCCACGGGCGAGGCAAGAACACUUGAGGCCUUGGAGGAAGGAGGAGGGGAGCUCAGUGACUUUGUGUCAACUGCAAAGGGUGUGCUGCAGUCUCUGAUUGAGAAGCACUUUCCAGCUCCAGACCGACAGAAGCUUUACAGCCUGUUAGGCAUCGACCUCUCGGCUAAGAAGACCGCCUCCCCCAAUGACACUGCUCCUGAACCUGAACAGAAGGGCAAGAAAAGGAAAGGUUCUGAAGUUAAAAAGCAACAAAAAAAGAAGGCUCGAAAGCACGGCGGUCUGUCGGGGACAAGCUCUGAGGAGAGCCAGUCGGAGGAUUCGGAUAAAGAGUCUGGGAAAGACUGCGACAGUGACGACAGCUUCAAGUCUAUCAGCUCAGCAGAUGAAGAUGACGAUUUCAACCCUUUCAGAGAUGAGUCUGAUGACGAGGAAGAUGAUCCUUGGCUUAUCAGAAAGGAACCAAAGAAAGGGAAAGAAAAGAGGAGUAAAAAGAAAAGGAAGCGUAUUGAUCCAGACUCCAUUCAAAGUGCCUUGUUGGCCUCUGGGCUCGGCUUUACCAGGCCUGCUUUCACUGCCCCUGUCAACCCCCCCAGCACGCCUGCCAUAGUCAAAGCAGAGAGCCAAGACGGCUACCUAACAAGUCAGGACUCAGUCGAACUUGCCCAGAAAAUGAAGAGAGACCUGCUGGAGCAGCUUGAGGAGCUGGCUGAGGAGCUGCCUCCCAACACUCUGGACCAGCUGAUAGAUGAACUGGGAGGGCCUGAGAACGUAGCUGAGAUGACUGGUCGUAAAGGUCGUGUGGUCAGUAAUGAUGAUGGCAGCAUCACCUAUGAAUCUCGCUCUGAGCUAGAUGUCCCGGUGGAAAUCCUCAACCUCACAGAGAAGCAGAGGUUCAUGGAUGGAGAGAAGAACAUAGCCAUCAUCUCUGAGGCUGCCAGCUCGGGUAUUUCCCUGCAGGCCGAUCGCCGUGUGAAGAACCAGCGGCGGAGAGUGCACAUGACACUCGAGCUGCCAUGGAGUGCAGACAGAGCUAUUCAGCAGUUUGGGAGGACUCACAGGUCCAACCAGGUCACUGCUCCAGAAUACGUCUUCCUCAUAUCGGAGCUUGCAGGAGAGCAGAGAUUUGCAUCCAUUGUGGCCAAAAGACUAGAAAGCCUGGGUGCUCUCACCCAUGGAGAUAGAAGAGCAACAGAAACCCGAGAUCUCAGCAGGUUUAAUUUUGACAACAAAUAUGGCAGAAACGCUCUGGAAAUUGUGAUGAAAUCAAUCGUGAAGCUUGAUUCUCCAUUAGUGUCUCCGCCCUCUGACUUUAAAGGGGAUUUCUUUAAAGAAAUCCAAAGUGGAUUAAUAGGUGUGGGCCUCAUAAAUGUGGAGGACCGAUCUGGCACGCUGUCACUGGACAAAGACUAUAACAACAUUGGGAAAUUCCUGAACCGUAUUUUGGGCAUGGAGGUCCAGCAGCAGAACGCCUUGUUCCAGUACUUUUCUGACACACUGGCCGCAGUGAUUCAGGAAGCAAAGAAGAACGGCAGAUAUGACAUGGGCAUUCUCGACCUGGGCUCUGGCGACGAGAAGGUGAAGAAGGUCGACUGCAGGAGAUUCCUGACCCCGGGUUAUACCACAGCAGGGCAUGUUGAACUGUACACGGUGAGUGUGGAGAGGGGCAUGUCGUGGGAAGAAGCCACACACGCGUGGGCAGACCAGAGUGGGCCAGAUGAUGGCUUCUAUGUUCAGAUGAGGAAUAACAAGAAAACAGCCAUAUUGGUCAAAGAGCUGAACAACAAGAAGAGGCUGUUCCUGGUCUACAGGCCCAACACGGGCAAGCAGCUCAAGCUGGAGACGUACACAGACAUCAAGAAGAAGUUUAAGAAGGUCUUGUCAGAAGAUGCCAAGCAGCACUGGACUGAGCAGUACAAGUUGUCUGCAAAGAUCUGCUCUCAUGCAUAUUGGCGAGGUAACUGUAAGAAGGCGUCGGUGGGGCUUCAGUGUGAAGUCGGCCUUCGGUGUCGGACGUACUACGUGCUGUGUGGCUCGGUGCUCAGUGUGUGGAAUGAGCUGGAGGAAGUGCUUACUCCAGUCGGUGGAACCAACGUGAAGGUGCAGAUUGUGCGCCUCAGAGCAGAAGAUGGACAGAGGAUAGUGGGACUGAUCAUUCCAGCGAACUGUGUGUCUCCAUUAAUAAACAAGCUCUCUACGUCAGACCAGUGCCAGCAGCUCGCUGUGCAGGAGCAGCAGAAGCGGCAGCAGCUCCACCCUCAAAGUCUUAGUCACGUACCCAACACAUAGUGUGGGAUGGACCACUCUGCUUCAUGGGCUUGAACCACAUCUUCACCCCUCGAGUUCAUUUCCCACUCCAGAGGGGGGAUAUCGCUGUCUCUGCACUGCAGGCUUUGGGAGUACUGUCCCUCGUUCUGCACCCUCACACCUCCCCACUCUCUCAGAGGGUCAGACACCACACUGAGCUGUGGUGAUUCUUAGAUGUAAAGCAGUGGUUGUACAUAGAAAAGACUUCAGGGUUUAUCUUUUUUAUUUGACUCUUCAGAGACUCUUGUUUUCACCUUGACAGAUUUGACAGGUGAUGUAUUGUCCUCUGACAUUCAGAGUGGAAAAGAUUGUGACUUAUUGAUCAAGACAGAGCGUAGACACACAGGGCAUGUUGGUCUGUGGCUGUGGGGUUAUUAACUCUAAACACGUGCUUUAAGUUGUUUGGUCCAGGCCAAAGGUGGACAAGACAAAGACCACUGUCUUUUAAUGCUGAACUACAGUCCUAUAGUAAUACCUGAUGAAAAUGUUUUCACUCCUCAGACAUGAGUCAGUGUCUCUGAAGUAGAAACAGUGACACAUUAGUCCAGUUAGUUGCAGAAAACCUGAUGUGUACCGUUUUUCAGAUGCUCCGUAUCUUUUAUGUUCGCUCCUGAGACGAAGACCAAAAUAUCAUUGCCAGAAUUCACUGGAUCUACACUGUGGGUGCACCAAGCUAAAACUAAUGCAACAGCCCCAUUUCACCAGGUGUUGAUUCACCUGUCAUCAUUUUGGAGGCAGCUGUUGAAAUCGCUGCUCUACAGUGAAAGGUGUUUGUUACUUAGCCUCACCGUUGUGGCCGGGGAUGGUCAAAUGAUGGAGAAACAAGGUGGUAUAAUGUAGGGUAGGUCGGACCAUACACCACCUCUUCCAUAAUGUUCAAACAGCUGAUUCAGCACCUCUAUAGAACAGUUUCAACAAACCAUAGCCUUUGUGAAUGGAGGGUUAUUUGCAGCGCUUUUGAAUUAGUGCAUUAGUUUGAGUUAAGUGUACCUAGUAAAAUGGCAACUUAGUUUGUUUUGCACAUGGAUCUCAAUUUAAUCAUUUUCCCUUAGUUUUGUAUCAAAUGUCAUAAUUUGCUCCUCAUUGUCAGAGCUUUGUCAGAUGUGAAGCUGCAGUCGGGCUCUAACACAGCAGGUUUGUUGGUUUUAGACUCGGCUGUGGUGUUGAACUUUUUCCAUUUAUAGAAAAUGUUUCCCAGAGACUGAAACAGACGGAUAUUUGAGAAAUGAGUUAAGUUUGUGUUCUCAUGACACCAGGUUUCUUUUCAGACAACGUGCAGUGCACGGUGUCCAUUACACCUGAGAACGUGGUAACUUACUGCCGUUGAGCGUUUGUAUAAGCAGCACUGAGACAUUUAACACAUUGUUUGACACUAUAAUGUAAUCAGUUACAAGGGUAAAUGUUUAUUAAUGUACAGCGUUUGUCAGCAAUUAUAGCUUCUCUUACAGAGAUGUAUUUUAAUUAUCACAGCGACAUAUGGUCAUUCAUUAUUAGUUUAUCCAGCAGUGCCCACAUGUUGCCAUCCACAGGAGCAGCUAGUUGUUGACAAGUAAACACUUAACUCUGCUGACCGUUAGAUUAGUGUUAUAACCAUUUAUUAAGUGUUUCUAUGUGCUGAACUGGGACUUGGUGUCGUCACCGGUGUUGUAGCUGUUUUUACAAAGCACCUUUGGUCUUUACCUCGACUGUCGCUCAGUCAGAUCCUGGUCAGCUGGAGAAACCGCAAGAGACGCACGAUAAAGCAGCCACGGAAUUCAGAGGAAUGUUAAAUGCACGUCUGUGACAAAGGCGGUCGCUGUACUCUAAGAGUAAUUUUUCUUUCUUUUGCUUUUUUGUUUAAAUGGAAAUCUGCUCAGGUGUUUGAAAAA